GGAAUAUAAUGCGUACUUUUGUUAUAUUGUGUUUAGUGGCAGCAGCCUGCGCCAAUCAAUUGGGUUACAAUUAUCAACCCUCAAACAGUGUGCCCAGUUUUGCUGGUUUACAAGGUGGUGCUACUGUUGGAUCUAGCGGUUCUCCCAGUUACGCUGGUUCCGAAGGUGUUUCUAACUUUGCUGCUGGUUCUAAUGUAGUCUCCAGUUUUAUUGGUUCCCAAGGAGUUUCCGGUUAUGCUGCUGGUUCAAAUGCCGCUCCUAGUUUUGCUGGAUCCCAAGGAACUUCCAAUUAUGCUGCUGCUUCAAAUGCCGCCCCUAGUUUUGCUGGAUCUCAAGGAGUUUCCGAUUAUGCUGCUGGUUCAAAUGCCGCUCCUAGUUUCUCUGGCUCUCAAGGUGAUUUAGGUCAAGCUUCUCACGAUAAUGCUGCAUUUGCUCCCCAAGCUGAACUAGAAAAGGAAUUCUUCACUUAUACCGCCAACGAUGAAGACUUUAGUGAUCCCGCUGCAUCUAAUCAAUUAUCUAACUCCGUGAAGCAAGGUCUCCGUGUUAUUUUCAUUAAGGGCCCAGAAAACAGCGGAUUGGAAAAUGCUGCUCUUGCUUUGGCUAAACAUAGUUCUGAACAAAAGACCGAUAUUUAUGUUCUUCAGAAACAAGCUGACCUUAGCAACUUGGCUAACAAAUUGAGCACCGACAACAAGAACAACAACAACAAACCAGAAGUACAUUUUGUUAAAUAUCGUACCCAAGAAGAUGCCAUCAAUGCCCAAAAAGCUAUUCAAGGUCAAUAUGAUGCUUUGGGUGGUAGCUCUCAAUCUCAUGAUGGUGGUGUUGCUCCAGUAUUGAACUUUGCUUCUAAAGCUCCUGUUGCAACACAUGGAUCAGCUGGUUCUCAUGGAUCUGGUUCUCUAGGUGCUGGUUCUCUUGGUGCUGGUUCUCUUGGUGCUGGUUCUCUUGGUGCUGGUUCUCUUGGUGCUGGUUCUUUCGGUUCUGGUUCCCUUGGUGCCGGUUCAGUCGGUGCUGGUUCUCUUGGUGCUGGUUCUUUCGGUGUUGGUUCCCUUGGUGGCGUUUCAAAUGUUGGUGCAUCUUAUAUUCCUCCUUCAGCUGGCGCUGGUGUUUCAGCUCCAGGACCAUCUUAUCUUCCUGCUUCAAUUUUCCGUCGCUUGUAAGAUAUGAUGUUUAUUGUUAUUGUUGUUUAAUUUUAAGCAAAUACAACUCGACUUU